AUACACCCAUCUACUAGCGCCAUCGAUGGAUGACGACGACGAUCGAUCCAGCUCUGCUCUGGGUCGGUCGAUAAGCUUGGGCAGUCAUGCCCAUGCAUGCAUGCAUCCGUACCUUCAACUCUGACAAAUCCCCUGUUUCUUCUUCAACUUGUAAACUCGAGCGAGCUCCCUGUUUCCCAUGCAUCCCACGGCGCCUAGUCCUACCUAGCUGCUGCAUCUGCGAGCUCCCCUGCCAAAAUCCAUCCUAUAUAUAGACCUCCCCAGCGCCACCAACUCCUCCAUCACUCGCAACAUCCGAAACCGUCCCACCGGCCACCUCCACGCACAUCGAGCCACCCACCAUGGCGUCCCGGCGCCGGCCAAGCCCUCCGGCGGCGGCUCUCCUCCCGCUCGCGUUCCUGCUCCUCUCCUGCCUCUCCGGUGCCGCCACGGCCAAGCAGACCGGCCAGCUCACCGUGUUCUGGGGCCGGAACGCGGGCGAGGGCACCCUGCGCGAGGCCUGCGACACGGGGCUCUACACCACCGUCGUCAUCUCCUUCUACAGCGUCUUCGGCCACGGCCGCUACUGGGGCGACCUGUCGGGCCACCCGCUCGCCGGCGUCGGCGCCGACAUCAAGCACUGCCAGUCCAGGAACAUCCUCGUCCUCCUCUCCAUCGGCGGGCCCGGGAACGGCUACUCCCUCCCGUCGUCCCAGUCCGCCGAACGCGUCGCCGACAACCUCUGGAACGCGCACCUCGGCGGGCGCCGCCGCGGCGUGUUCCGGCCCUUCGGCGACGCCGCCGUCGACGGCAUCGACUUCUACAUCGACCGCGGCGGGCCGGGCCACUACGACGAGCUGGCGCGCCGCCUCGACGGGUACAACCGGUUCUACCGCGGCCGGAAGGGGGUGCGGCUGACGGCGACGCCGCGGUGCGGCUUCCCCGACCCGCUGCUCGACGGCGCGCUGCGGACGGGGCUGUUCGAGCGCAUCCACGUCCGGUUCUACGGCAACGACACGCGGUGCUCGUACGGCGCCGGCGCCGGGACCUGGGGCGUCGCGGAGGAGUGGAAGAAGUGGACGGCGAGGUACACGAAGAGCGAGGUGUACCUGGGGCUCGCCCCGGCGGAGAGCGGCGUGCCGGAGGGGGCGCAGGGCACCGUCGCGGUGUACCUCAAGUACCUCUACUACGACCUGCUGCCCAAGGUGCAGGAGGCGCCCAACUACGGAGGGGUCAUGGUCUGGGACAGGUUCUCCGACAAGAAGACACGAUGGAGCACCGUCGUCAAGGGAUGGGCCUGAUCUAGUCUCGUGAUCUGUCGUCGUGGGUUGGUUUUAUUUACUUACAGCUAGAGCUAGCUAGCUGCUAUAUAUAUGUAUACUGUAUGUAUGUACGCCUGCGUACGAAUAAAACGAGCUCAGGUCCAUGUAACAGUGAUAAAUGGAUCUGAACUGAAGUUGUCUGUUGUUCUAAUAAAGUCAAUCGAAUAAGAAUGUAUA